ACAAGACACUUAGAGGGACUUGACUUUCCUCUCUCUCUUUGCUUUUCUCUUUGAAUCCUUCCCUUUCUGAAGAAACUAAACCAGCCAUGUCCAUACAAACGACCAAGACAUAUUCCCGGACCAGCUAUAGUGGAGGUGCUGGCGGCGGCGGUGGUGGUGGUGGUAGUUUCCGUCGCAUGGGAGGAGGAGGAGGACGAGGAGGAGGAGGAAGAGCAAUUUUUUCCUCAAAAUCUCUGUCUCUAGGGGGCCCAGUAAGAGUGGCAUCAUUCUCAGGACUCAGGUCAAGCGCAGGGGGUGGUGGUUUUGGUUCUGGAGGUAGUGGUGGUGGUGGUGGUUUCAGUAGCUAUUCUAUUAGCACUGGAUAUGGUGGUGGCGGUGGUGGUGGCGGUGGAGGUGCUGGUUUCGGUAGCGGUUAUGGUGCUGGCGGCGGUGGUGGUUUAGGUUUUGGUGGUGGAGGUUUUGGUGCUGGAGGUUUUGGUCUUGGAGGUUUGGCAGCAGUGCCUCCAAUCACAAACGUCCAAGUCAACCAGAGCUUGCUGGCCCCUCUGAACCUUGAGAUCGACCCCAACAUCCAGGUUGUCCGUACCCAGGAGAAAGAGCAGAUCAAGUCUCUCAACAACCGCUUUGCCAGCUUCAUUGAUAAGGUCCGCUUCCUGGAGCAGCAAAACAAAAUGCUGGAGACCAAGUGGAGCCUGCUGCAGGAGCAGACCACCACCCGCUCCAACAUUGAUGCCAUGUUCGAGGCCUACAUCGCCAACCUGCGCAGACAGCUGGAUGGGCUGGGCAAUGAGAAGAUGAAGCUGGAGUCUGAGCUGAAAAACAUGCAGGGACUGGUGGAGGACUUCAAGAACAAAUAUGAAGAUGAGAUCAACAAGCGUGCUGCUGUGGAAAAUGAAUUUGUGCUCCUCAAGAAGGAUGUAGAUGGAGCAUACAUGAACAAAAUAGAGCUGGAGGCAAAGGUUGAUGCUCUUCAGGAUGAGAUUAACUUCCUCAGAAGCAUCUAUGAGGCGGAACUCGCUGAGCUUCAGGGACAGAUCAAGGACACGUCUGUCAUUGUGGAGAUGGACAACAGCCGCAACCUUGACAUGGACGCCAUUGUGGCUGAAGUCAAGGCUCAGUAUGAGGAGAUCGCCAACAACAACCGAGCUGAAGCUGAGAAAUGGUACCAGACUAAGUACCAGGAGAUGCAGACCAGUGCAUCCCAGGCUGGGGAAGACCUUCGUAACACUAAGAGUGAGAUCGCUGAGCUCAACCGCAUGAUUAGCCGCCUGCAGAAUGAGAUUGAGGCAGUCAAGGGACAGCGCGCCAACCUGGAGGCCCAGAUCGCUGAGGCAGAGGAGCGUGGUGAGCUGGCUGUGAAGGACGCCAAGGCCCGCAUCAGGGACCUGGAAGAAGCCCUGCAGAGAGCCAAACAGGACAUGGCCCGCCAGGUCCGCGAGUACCAAGAGCUCAUGAACGUCAAGCUGGCUCUGGACAUUGAGAUCGCCACCUACAGGAAACUGCUGGAAGGAGAAGAAUCCAGGAUUAACUCUGGUGGUGGAAGUGCAACCAUCCAUGUGCAGUCCACAAGCACCAGCUUCGGUGGCGGCAGCGGAGGCAGCGGCGGCGGCUUCGGCAGUGGCUUCGGCGGUGGAAGUGGCUUCGGCGGUGGAAGCGGCUUUGGCAGUGGAUUCGGAGGCGGCAUUGGUGGUGGCGGAUUCGGAGGCGGUAUUGGUGGCGGCGGCGGUGGCGGCCGCGGCGGCUAUGGCAGCGGUCUAUCCAUCGGCUAUGGUGGUGGUGGCGGUGGCAGUGGCGGCAUCAUGAGCUCAAAAAGCACCACCUCAUAUUCCGUCCGCCGUAAAUAAGAGCAGUGGCCGUCUCUCAGUCCAUUCUUCCUCUUCCCUUAUUUUCUUCUCCUCCUCUUGGCCUCAAUAAACCCUGCCCUGUCUUUCUCUGCAUACACAGAGCAACCCCACGAAACACGUUGCACUUGACCAUUUACAGAUGGCAGAUCCAUGUAAUGGCACCACAGGCUCAAAGAGAGUCAGAGAUUAAAUCCAAAUUCAAGCAAAGGCAGAGAGAUUGUUGUGAGCAGCAAAGAUGAGAGUCAGUCCUGUCUUCCUCUGAUCAGUCAGCCUGGUUGUCUUUUAGUUGCUGGAUGUGCUGUUGUAUAGACAAGAGGAUCCUUGUAGUAUCAUGACAGAGAAUCCCUACAAAGCAACAAGCAUUGUAUACAAAAUGACACCAACAGAGUAAGUGGAGCAGCUGUUUGGGUUACUCUUGGAUUAAUAAAGCAUGCACGACAAGGUACACCUAUCGCUCCCUUUUUCUGCAGUGUGUCUCCUGUUGUCUAGCAUCUGUCAUCUUGUUGUGCAGUUUGACAUCAUCGAAAGCAGCCACAUGUAACACUUUCAUAUUACUUCUCCUGUUUUGAGAGAAAAUGAACUCUGCUACAGUGUAUAAAUGGUGUUUUCAUCAUUGCUUUACUUCCAUUUUCACUCUGAAUAAAAAUGUUUUAAAAAAGGAUCAGGCUGACUGGAAAUACCAGAUUUAUUUGUACCACCAAAGCUGAAAUAAAUCUGUGUUCACAUACAA